AUCCAUAUCCAUACCCAACGUCGAGUCCACCCGUGAUAUUGACCAUCUUUACAGGUACUCAUAUAACGUAAUUAGAGAUACCCACGUCCACAUUCUGUAAUACAACCAACUUACCUUAUUACUCUAAGCCCCUUUCUCCCUGACCCGGCGCCAAACGUACGGGUUUGCGUCCCCUCUUCGUUCACGUAGCGUCUUACCCCUCGCAAAAUUCCAUUCAAACCCCUCCCACUCUACACCACCCGCCUUCGCCCUCUUGAACACCACCACAAAAUCCUCCACCUUCAAUCUGUUUGUCCCUUCAACUCCGGUCGGUAUCAGUUCCGUCAUGGGUUGGGCGAAUGUCAUUGUCUUUUCUGACCCUGUUUGUUCUGAUGGGUUCUUGUCUUCGCGCAGCUCGCGGAGUAAGUACCCGUAUCCGGUACCGUAGAAACGCAAAAUCAGACCCCUUUGCUCAGCGGUUAUAGUGAUGAAGACGUCGUUUGUGAGUUUGUACCUCCCCUCUAAGGCUACGUUUAGUCAGUUUGAUGCGGCGAGUAGAGAUCCCCUUGGGAGUUUAGCUUUGUUCGAGCCUUACUCGGAUUCCACCAGUGGUGAGCAAGUUGAGUACGCUUUGGGGAGGCAGACACAAGGUGAUUCAGCAGUUACGCUGAGGAACUCGAAGGGCAAACUGGUGCAGGGAAGUCUCUCCAGUUUGGAGGAUUCGUUCAUGCACACCGGCGGGAAAGUGAUUGCCGACCGACGGGAAACCUUUCACUUUCGCGACGCCUUCACCACGUUUAUCGCCUUCCAAAUCCUCAAAGCCCCGAGGAACUACACCUUACAGGUAUCGGCAUGGGAGGACGAGCCACCGGAGGCUUGGGAGUGCGGCUUCUCCUUCUGUCUUAACCGGUACAACUCGACAGUCCAGGACGGCAUUCUGUACGAGACGAUCCUCAGUUCAGCCACGCAGGCAUCACCACAGUCCAUGAGGGCUUACCCCCACCGCCACGGUAGCGACAUGAAAAACAUCACCAACGGCACCGAGCAGUGGCACUUCUGGAGUUAUCCAAGCAACUACACCCUCUACAGCCCCCUAGGAGCCGAAGUCGCCAACCUGUCCAAAGGGGAUACCUCCAAACUAUGGGACUUCGACCGAAACUCUCUCGACCUGCAGAUCCCCGAUUCCUGGGGAAAACUCACCUAUGCACACAAUGCAAGCCAUCGCUCAGACAGCGAAAACCUCCGCACCUUCCCCAUCACCGCGCAAACUGUCCGCUCAACAAUCUACUGGUUCCUCCAGCAAUACCCCAUGUUCAACGGAAUGACCCCGCGCCUCUCCUACAACGGCGCAAUAGGCACGGGCGACAACGACGUCGUGGGAAAGUCCAUAGCCAAGUCGGCCAACGUCACCGAGACCUUUGAGAACGCAGCCAAGCGGAUGACGGCCUUCAUGCGCGAGCUGCCCCAGACCGUCGAUUUUGAGCAGUACUACGUCAACGGCCAAGCCUUUGUCUGGGUGCAACACAUUCGCAUACGCUGGCCGUUUAUUACGUUUCCUGUCGCGGUCGCGGUCGCCGGGUUGGUGUUCGUCCUGUUGACAACCGCGGGGGUGGCGGAUAAGGUCUCGAAACAAACUGUUGUUACUCUGAGCAGGGAUUCUGCUGACGGGAGUUUUGAGUUGAAGGAGUCGAAGGAAUCGGCUUCGUCUGCCGGCGCGUUGUUGGACAGCGACGUUUCUUCGGUUUGGAGCGCGUCGCUCACGCAUAUAAACAGAGACGGGCGGGAAGGCAUUUGA